CAGAAGUUGAUCCAAGCCAUUUCGAGACGAAAAAGAAAAUUCACUUUAUUCCGUCAGCUGACUCGUACCAGUGCGGUUGUUCUCCACUAAAGUUCUUCCUUUUUACGUAAACCAUUCCCAUCAUCAGAUACAAAAGAAAAAGUGCUAAAAGGAAAAGUGUUUCUGAAAGCUUUUGCAGAGUUAUUAAAAAAAAUACCGGAAAAAGAUACACUUCUGUCGACCUACCAACCGACCGAGCGACCGACAACGACGACGCGUGUGAAAAUUUUCAUUUACUCGUAUACAAAACAAAUAUCCUGUGACCUCCAGAUAACCGCUUCAUAGUUACAUAUUGCCGCAGCAUCCCUCUUAACUCGGCCCGAAACUGCUUUUAAACUCGUAGAUUUUCAUAAAAGAAAGCAAAAACGACUUCAACAACAAAAAUGGGUUCACCAGCCGUUAAAUCCCACAAACGCAUCCAGAAAUCAACAUCGGCGUCACAAGUUUGUAUGACAACUUCCGUUGCCGACGAAUGUCUUGUGGAAUCCAAGCUAUUCAGUUGGAUGCGGUUAUUCCGGUUUGUGUCUUUGCUAUGCCGACAAGAAUAAUAAAAUGACAGCGGCGCUAGUGUCUUCCGCAUUAUCCUAUACACACACACAACUCCAAUAAUUACCGGUUGGAUUUUAUUUAUCAACCGUUAAAAAACAAAAACAACAAAAUGACAAAAAAGCAAUUAUUAACUAUUGUUAACUAGUAGGGUCACAAACCAAAAAUAAUAAAAACCGUUAUGCCACUAGAAUUUGAAUUUAAAAUACUGUUAAACUGUUUGAAAUACAAAAAAAAUGGUUAAUUUUUUUAAUUUAAUUUUUUGAAAUAAAAAAAAAUGUAAACUUCACCUUAAUUUUAUUUCUUCCUUAAAAUUUCUUUUUUUAAUAAUUUAGAAAAUUUAAAAACUGUAUUGAAAUAUUAGAAAUGCAUGGAACUAGACUUGCAGAUAAUGUGACGCCAGGCGUCUUAGAUUGUUUAAAUUAUAAACAAAGUAAAAAAAUAAAAUUAAUUAGAAAGAAAAGUUUUAUCAAGUUUUGAGUAGAGAUCAAUUAAAUCAAUGCCAAUUAAACUUUACUCUAUUACUAAAUCUACUGUUAUUAUACGAUCUAUACUUAUCAUUUUUAAAAGAAAACAUUUAUUAAAAAACAAACAAAAAAAAAACAAAUAUUUAAAAUGAAAAAAACUAUGCAUUUGUUAUUAGAUUGUAAUUUUUAGAAAUUUAAAUUUAAGAAUGUAAGCAAACUACAAAAACAUGAUGCAAUAAAACCGUUCAUUGUUCAAAGAG